AUGCUGCUGGAACGGUGGUCAUACACACGCGUCCAGAGCUGCCCCAGCAACAAACUGGAAGAUCGCACGGCUCGCUGUGGGCCGGAGAAACACGAGUCCACCAGCUUGGUCAACAUCGACUCCGCCGAACUGGUCUACGUUCAGGGUGGCAAGCAGGCUUCUGCAACUGGCAAAUGGUGCUACUGGGAGGGGGCAGGGCACAGACCAGACAGCCUACAGGCGCGUUUAUCAGACACCUCGCCACACGUUGAUUAA